GCGCUUCGCUCAACGCUCCAUUGUCCGCCCAUUGGUGCAGCGCGCGCGGGCGGAUUCCUCCAUGGGGCUCGGUCUUCAAGGCUCACGGAGAGCGAAUGUCGUCAUGAGCGAACAACAGGACAGUAUGGCCACCACUCUUGCUGUCAGUCCCAGUGAAUACCUCCAGCCCUCCAACGCCUCCACGCAGGACGCCCAGCCCUCUCCCCUGGCCCUCUUGGCCGCCACCUGCAGUAAAAUCGGCCCCCCCGCUGCUCAGGCUCCAGUCACCUCGCCUCCGGCGCAGCCGCAGCCUCGCAGGCUCCUCCCCAUAAAGCCGGCUCCCAUCGCCCCGGCGCCACCCAAGAACCUGGGCUUCCUCUCGGCCAAAGGCAAUGUGAUCCAGCUGCCCGCCGGCCUGGGCUCCGCGGCCCCCGGCAGCCCCAUCGUGCUCACCAUCCAGCAGAGCCCGGCCCGCACGCACAGCUCGGGCCCCGCCAACAUCCAGUACCAGAUGAUGCCGCAGAUCCAGGGCGCCCAGGCCAUCCAGAUGAUGCCGCAGGGGGGUCAGAUCCAGCUCAUACCGGGCACCAACCAGGCCAUCAUCACCACGCCCAUGACCGUGCCGGCUCCCGCCGCCGCUCCGGUCACGCCGCAGAAGGCAGUGGCCAUCAAGCCCUCCCCGAAGCAGCGCAAGCCAAACCACUCCGGCGGCAACAUGGUGCAGCUGGCCGGCGGGAUAACGCUGCCGUACAACGUGGCGACGGGAGACGUGGCCGUCACAGAGACGCCGGCCGCCGCCCCCAAGCCAGGAAAGGGCGGGCGAGGGAGGAAAAGGAAGGUCGUUCUGGCUUAUCCUCCGUCUUAUCCUCCUGCACAGCCGGCCUCUCCACCCCCGGAGCAGAUGGAAACCAUCCUGAUAGAAGCCGUAGACAACAUCAUUCAGCAGGCAGGUAACAACCUCCUCAUCGUGCAGAGUCCCGGCCAGCCGGCUAUGGUGCAGCAGGUGCAGCUGGUCCAGUCCAAACCGGAGCCUCAGGUGGUGCAGAUCCCCCAGCAGGCCCUGAAGGUGGUGCAGGCCGCCUCCGCCACGCUGCCCACCGUCCCGCAGAGACAGCCGGCCCCGUCGAGCCUGCAGAUCUCGCAAGCGGAGCCGACGCCAACGCAGAUCCUCUUCAAAACAGCCUCCGGCGAGUGGCAGUCACUCCAAAUCCAGGACUCCGUCUCCCCGACCACGACGACGCCGACCGCCUCGGUCGUCACCACCUCGCCGCCGGCGGGCUCCAAGAGGACGGCGGCGGGAGGGCGGAAGGAACGGACUCUGGCGAAGAUCGCUCCGGCGGGGGGGAUGAUAUCGCUGAACACGCCGCAGCAGCUGACCUCGACGACGCAGGCCGUGCAGACGAUCAGCAUCAACGGGGUCCAGGUCCAGGGAGUCCCCGUCACCAUCACCAACGCCGGGGGCCAGCAGCACCUGACGGUGCAGACGAUGCAGGGUGGGGGGCUCCAGCUGGCAGCAUCCCCGGGCCAGCAGGCCAUCCAGGUGGACCAGACUCUCACCCUGGAGCUGCCGGGCCCCCCGGGAGAGAAGAAGAGACGCAUGGCCUGCACCUGUCCCAACUGUAAAGACGCAGACAAGAGGCCCGGUGAGGUGGGGAAGAGGAAGCACAUCUGCCACGUCCCCGGCUGCGAUAAGACCUUCAGGAAAACGUCGCUGCUUCGAGCUCACGUCCGGCUGCACACCGGCGAGCGGCCCUUCGUCUGCAACUGGGUUUUCUGCGGCAAACGUUUCACGCGCAGCGACGAGCUGCAGCGGCACGCCAGGACGCACACAGGAGACAAACGCUUCGAGUGCAGCCAGUGUCAGAAGCGCUUCAUGAGGAGCGACCACCUGACGAAGCAUUAUAAGACUCACAUAAACACCAAGAACCUGUGAGGACGGACUAACACUAGAGACUAAAGCGACUCGCCCCGUGAGGGCAGGUGCUCACUCCUCCGGGACACUGUGAGGUGUACAAAGAAAACCUUCUGGUGGACUUCAAAGCGUCCAGAAAAUCAAUUAAUAAUAGUCCUCCUUUCUUUUUUGUGGAUUCUGGAACCGGCUCCGACCGAAGACGCUGAGCCGCUUCACUCGCUUAUUUAUGAACUUCUCCGGAGGACGAACGUACAGGACAGCGAGACCACAGGACUCCAGCCGCUGUCUCUUUUAUUAUUAUUCUCCCGAGUUCGGCCUGCAUUCUUUUUUUACUUUUGUUGUGGACCGGUGGGAGAUCCCAGAAAUUGGCUUUAAACAUAAGGAAAGAAAAUUACUGUAUACAUACAUAUGUAUACAGUGUGUUGAAUUUUCCAUAUAUAUACAUAUAUGUGUAUAUAUAUAAAUAUAUAUAUUACAUAAAAACUCCACUUCCAAGACUUUUGAAAAGCUUUUAGAAGUUUAACUAUUUUUUAAAGUGUGUGUAUGCAUACUAUUAUAUAUAAUAUUAAUAUUGAUAAGCUAUUUAUAACAUUUUUCCAUGCAAUUGUUAAAAAUGGAUUCACACGGUAAGGAUGUAAAAACCUGAGAAAUAAAAGAAAUUAGUCCUAAAGCGGGAGGACUAACGCAGGAUCACAAAUAGGCUGUAAAAAGCCUGUUUGGUGUGCGACGGUACUGAGGAGGUACUGGAGUCUCUGGUGGAAGAGUUUCACUUCACGGGGCGAAGGAGCCACAUUACAAAUCUCUAAACAAUGAGUGAAGAGAUGCUGAGAUCUGAUGAGUAAACUGAAAUCGAUUCUGACCACCGCUGAGAAAUCUAAACGCAACAUCAAAUUACCGACACAUUUCAAGGUCGGCAAAUACAAAUGAUUUCAUUCUUAUUCGGAAAUGUAUGUUGAAAUUUGACUUGAAAGUCACAUUAGAACGUGACUAAAAGCAGCAAUCUUAUCUAGUUGAUCAGGACUGUUGUUUUUCUUUCAUCACCAUUUAAGGACAUUUCAUUAAUUUGGUAAUAAGUCUCCCAUCACGAUAGAAACACGUAAGCCGACACCAGUAGAGGACCCGGGGUCGAUCCUUGUGGGACUCCAGUUCAAGUGUUGCGUCUGCGGAGGUCGAGGUGAUGCAGGAUGUCACAUUAUUGAUGUCAAGUUAUUUCACGACAUCUCACGUGAUCCGACUAACACCUCACUGAGGAACCACAGGAAACGGCGUUGAGUAACUUCUCUUUUCCCGCCGAGGCUCCGCAGUUGAGCCUCCUUUAUUUCUGGCAGACGGCAUCUCAUGUCUGAGGGGAGGGACGAUUUCAUUCAUGAUGUGUGUGUUUUUUGGGAAAGUACCGCUCUGUUCCUGUGUGUUUAAGCGGUGGGGCCGAGUCGUACCUCUGGAACAAAUCACUUCCUUUUUUAAUGAGUCCCUGGGUUGAAUUGUGAUGUCACUGAUCACCUCCGAGAUGAACCCGCUCUUUUCCCUGUGCGACGACCCGCAGCGCCUCCGUCUGGGCAUCAGACGCCCGUAUUUACCGAAACGUGUCCUCACCGCGGAGUAUCAAAGCUGUCGAGUAUUGAGAGGUGGCAUCCAAUAUUUGUCGGGGUUUAAACUCGUAUUAACUGUUCUUUCAUCACAUAGUUCCUGAUUUGAAUCAGAACAUUUAGACAGUAUUCUGUUCAGUUCUUUGAAUGUCUGCGUGUGUGUAGACGUUUUAUUUGAACUCUCCUUCUAUUAAAAAGAAAAGAUUGUUGUAUUUUUUACUUGAAAGGUUUCGCAUCUUCACUGUGGCAUAUGUGUUGGUAAAAAAACGUGUUUAAUCUUGUCAACAUACAAGGUAUCGUAAAAAGUGCGAUUCCCAGCCCUACUUACACUGUGUGUACUAAUAAAUAAGUAAAGUCCAGAGUAACGCUGCUAUUCUGCUUUACUCUCGUCGGCAUCUUGAUUCGUGGAUUUGAAGCCUCAUGCACUGAUGUGUGUGUGUGUGUGUGUACACGGCCGUACUUUAAUUACUCUGACAAUCACAUCCAGACAUGAAAGAAGAAAAUGCUUCCAUCGGUUACCUUGUUUAUUAUUCUUUGUUCAUAUUAUUUAGCUUGAAGUCUGAACCUUUAAUUUUUUUUAAAUGAGCUCGGUGGCGUCGGACAGCAGGCGGCGGCUUCUUGCAUUGAGCGUUUUGAUUCUGUGAAAACAUCCAACAGCAGAACUUUGACCAAAAAAAGCACUUUGAAGCGUUUUUAUUCACCGUUAUUUAUUCAAAUAACAGGUGAAGCUGACACGGAGGUGGCCAAUAUUUGGUGAAUUCUUUCUGAGAAUGUCUGAAGACACGCGAUGCCGUUGAGGAUGGACGCAGCUCAUAUUAAUGUUUCUACUUCCUGACUGAAUGUGUAAAUAACGUAGGAUGUAUAAACACUGAAGUGAAGCUGCCCACUGCUGAAGGAAACCUCCUUUGUGUGUAAGGAAUAAAAUAUAAUGUGAUAUUAUAUAGCUUCAUUCCUGCUUUGUAUAAAACAUCUAGACCUUUUUUCUAUUGAAUUUAAAAUGCCUUAAAAAGCUGCACCCAGUAUUUAAAGAUGUUCGUUUUGUGUCUAUUUCCAGGUAACAUUUGUAAAACUCCUUUGUGUUUUUAACUCAUGUUACAUGCUAAUGAAAUGUGCACUGAUUUAAAAUCCCCAGGUUCCAAAGUUUGUAAAAUGUAAUUCCUUAUUUUAAUGAAAUAUAAUGUUCCAUAUUUAAACGUUUUACUUUGGUUUCGGCAAGUUAAAUGCUUCUCCUUUUCCAGCCGCAUGUGUCAUUUAAUGUUCUGGUUUAUUGGAGAACCCCAAAAAAUCAGCAAUUUAUUUCUUAAGCUUUUAUAAAGGUGCUAAUAAGUUUGCUCCUUUUCUACGGUCACACCCCUCAAUAAACAACUCAAACCAU